UGAAGGUCCACGUUAGUGAGUGUGUGUAAGCGUCGGUAUUUGUUAUUUUUAAGCAUGAAAACGUGUGUCUGCUGUCCGCUCAACCAGUCGACCGAUACUUAAUCGCGCGGUUAGCUAGCCGAGGCUAAUUUGCAGAUAAUGCAGCUGCUAUAAGUCGCAUGGGAACUGUAUCGGUACUUUGUUUGUAUUGAUAUCAUGCAGGCGAACAGAACUCAAGUGAACUUUUAUGUUACAUUUAAAGAAGCCACCCGUGUGUUUAAUUUCUGCUCCUGAAUGAAGUUACUGGUGAUCAUGGGGAUCAAGGUACAGCGCCCUCGCUGCUUCCUUGACAUUGGAAUCAGCAAUGUACUUGUUGGCAGAAUCGUGGUGGAGCUGUUUGCAGACGUCUGUCCCAAAACUUGUGAAAACUUCAGAUGUCUCUGCACAGGUGAGAAAGGCAUUGGGAAGGGAACUCAGAAACCGCUCCACUACAAAGGAUGCCUUUUUCAUCGAAUUGUAAAAGACUUCAUGAUUCAAGGAGGAGACUUCAGCGAAGGUAAUGGAAGAGGAGGCGAAUCCAUUUACGGAGGCUUUUUUGAAGACGAAAGCUUUGCAGUCAAACACAACAAGGAGUACCUGCUGUCAAUGGCCAAUCGGGGUAAAGAUACAAAUGGAUCCCAGUUUUUCAUAACAACAAAACCUUCUCCACAUCUCGACGGUGUGCAUGUGGUUUUUGGUCACGUGAUCUCUGGCCAAGAAGUCAUUCAAACCAUGGAGAGCCAGAAGACGGACCCCAACAGCCGACCGUACGCUGAGGUGAAAGUUUUGAACUGUGGAGAGCUCAUCCCCAAAUCUAAAGCAAAAAAAGAUGCAAAAAAGAAGAAGAGGGCCUCAUCAAGCUCCAGCAGUAGCUCCAGUGACUCGGAGAUCUCCUCAGAGUCGUCCUCCGAGAGCGAAGAGUCAGAAAAAGAAUCCAAGAAGCGGAAAAAGAAGGCAAAGAAGCAAAAAGAGAAACAGAAGGAGGACAAGAAGAAAUCAGAAGCUGAAAGUGCUGAAGAGAAGGAACAAGAUGAGUUGGUUACAUCUACAGUGCGUCCUGAAGAAAUCCCACCCAUCCCUGAAAAUCGAUUCCUUAUGAGGAUAAGUCCCCAGAUAGCCCAGAAGCCAAAAGAGGAGGUUAACAAGGAUCAGCGAAAUAAAGACGAAAGACCAAGAGAAAGUACUGGUGCAGCUUACAACUCUCAAUCAACAUAUCACAGAAGACUCGUGAUGACUCGAUCUGGCAGGAAGAUAAAAGGCAGGGGUCCAAGGAGAUACCGGACCCCAUCACGCUCUCGUUCAAGGUCUAGAGAUCGUUUUCGGCGCAGUGAAACUCCCCCACACUGGCGACAGGAGAUGCAGCGUCAGAGGAUGAGGGCAGUCACAGUAGAGCGAUGGAUUAAGGGUGACAGAGGUGACAUGGAUGAGGGUCAGGAUGAGGCUGCUAAAGCACAGAAAAGAGAAAGACGGACUUCAAGUUCAAAAGCUGAACAUACAACUGAGGGUAAAAAAGACAAGAAAACUCGAUCUCAUAGAUCUAAAAGUAAGGAGGAGGAUACUGUAGCGAAGGAUGAGAAGCAUGAUAAACAGAAGGCAAAGAAAAAGGAUAAAUCCCAUAGUCGCAGUAAAAGCCGAGAAAAGAAAAGGUCAAAAAGCAGAGAGAAGAGUCACAAGCAUAGAAGUGACGAGAGGAGAGGUCGCUCAAGGAGCAAAGAUAGAAAUGUUCAUAAGAAAGAAAAGGAGGCAGAAUCUGAUCACAGUAAAGACAGAAAUAAGGGUCAUGAGUCUGACAAAAAGCAUAAAGAAGACACAAAAGGUAGAAAUGGUGAGAGAACCAGGACAAAGUCCAGAAGUAAAGAGAGAGCUGCCAAAAAGGAUGAGCACAGAUCAAGCAGCAGAAACAAAGACAGAGGUAGGACUUCAGCAUCAAAAGAGAGAGAAGAA